CCUCACGCACGCGUACACGCACCGCGGUGCGGAGGCCGGCUCUUGUUUACAUCCUCUCUCACCGGAGGACUCGCGCCCGUCGUCCUCUCGCAUCCCCGUCGACGCGCAACGUUGCGCUACGAGCGUUCGCGAGUUCACGUAGUCGGCGACAACUCACGUCCGCGGACGAUCCCGGGCGAUUCUCGGAUUCUCCGCGAUUCGAUUUUCCACGAGCCGACCCGACCCGACUCGGAGGAGCCUCGUGCCCAGCAAAGCGGAAAUAAUGCGCGGAAGUCGUGGGACGAUCCUCGUCCUGUGCACGAUGAUAAAUUACCUGAGACCGGCUUCGCCCUCGCCCGCUACGACGAACGUGAGGCUCGGCGACGUGUGCAACCGAGAUCGGGACUGCGAGGUCGGCAUCGCUAAUAGCCACUGCCACUUGGGUUAUUGCCGGUGUCAGCCCUUCUUCGCCGGCUACAAUGGGACGCAUUGUCUGGAGUCGACUCUGCUGGGCCACGAUUGCCUCGUGAGGGAACAGUGCUCCCUGAAAGUGGCGAACAGUAGCUGUCUCGACGGCGUGUGCAGAUGCGAGGAAGGACACUUGCAGUUCCGCAGGCACACUUGUCUCGGACCGGCGAAGCUCGGCCAGGUGUGUUACGAGCACGCUCACUGUCGCCUCUGGGACCCCGAGUCGCACUGCGAUUUCCUCAUUCCGGAUUUAUUCGGCCGGUGCCAAUGCACCGCACCGAUGCGCCGCGAGGGCGAUGUGUGCCGACCUGACAGCCUGGUGAGACCGGCGCCUCUUCAGGAGCAUCUGCCGCCGUUCCAGGCGCCGAUAGAGGAUGUCACCGAUAAGGGAAUGGCCGGCGCAGGGCAGAAGGUCGAGAGUGAGCAAGACACAGGUGUUCAAUUAUCCUGGUUGAAAAAUGCAACGAUGCUCUUGUCGACGAAAGCACCCAAUCAGCUGAUACCUGUCAACCUGGUGACGAGACCAUCGUUGAACAUGAGACCAGGAUCCAACGAUCGUCCUGGACCGCACGAGCUGCCCGACGACGACGAUGCUAUCGUUAUCGAAGCGGAAAUCACUGAGCCUGUUCCCAUCACGUCCACUUCGACGUCCGCGCCGAUCAAGACGGAUCGGCACGAGAGCACGAUAAUGACGGCGGUCAGUCUUGGUCUGGCCUGCAUCGCCGACCUGGAGUGCCGAAUGGCCGACCCGCUGUCGCGCUGCAUCGGCGGCGUCUGCGACUGCAGCCUCCUGACGAACGGCAGUUGCAGCGCGCGUAGGACCGGCUGCGCGCCCGGCACGUUCCAGUGUCGAUCGUCCGGGAGCUGCAUCAGCUGGUUCUUCGUCUGCGACGGGCGUGCUGACUGCGCCGACGGCUCCGACGAGGAGUGCACCGGCGCGGUCUGCCCGGUACAAGCCUUCAGGUGCAACGACAGCGACGUCUGCAUCUCGAGAUCGGGGGUGUGCGACGGCAACCGCGACUGUCCGCGCGGCGAGGACGAGAUCGGCUGCAACAAUCGGCGAAAGUGUCCCGAGGGUGCGUUCAGAUGCAACAACGGCCAGUGCCUGCCGGCUUACGAGUUCUGCAACGCGGUGGUGUCCUGCAGGGACGGCAGCGACGAGCCCAGAGGAGCGUGCAGGACACGCAAUCGGGGCAGGAUCGCCCCGAGAUUCUGUCCGUUCAGGUGCGACAACGGCAGGUGUCGUUCCGACGCGAUAACCUGCAGCGGUCGAGACGGAUGCGGCGACGGCUCCGACGAGAAACACUGCAGCGUCUGCAGAUGCAGCGGAACGGUCUAAUUUCGGCCGACUGACCUCUGCCGUGUUGUGUUGCAUCGUCGGACAAAAGGAUGGAAGAAGAGGACAAGGAAGAGCGAGCGAGCAAGCGAGAGAGAGAGAGAGAGAGAGAGAGAGAGAGAGAGAGAGAGAGAAUGUGCAUGUAUGUAGGUGUGGAAGGAAGGAAGAGGUCAGACCAAACUAACUCGUCGAUGGUUUCGCCAAGUAAGUGCUCGAGUAUUAUGGCGGGCACAAAAGUAAGUGUGACCAAAGAUCGUUAAGCCGUAUCGGUGACUCCGGCUUUCAAUGCUCCGCGAUUUCGAGACCGAGAGGAUCGUUUUUAGCCCGACUCGAGUCCAGUUUUCAGAACGGACUUGUAGAGAUAGAGAGAGAGAGAGAGAGAGAGAGAGAGAGAGAGAGAGAGAGAGAGAGA